AUGUUCCGAGGAAAGAGCCUUCACUUAGCGCAGGCAUUACUCAUCGUUGUCCCUGCGUUCACUGUAUUCGGUUAUAACCAGUCGGGUUUAGCCCCUCUGGCCACGCUACAAAGUUGGGUGAAACUGUUCCCUGAAAUCGACACAAUCAAUACAACCGGCGCUCUAAAGGCAUCGCAUUCCACAAAGCAAGGAGCUGUCAUUUCGGCUUUCACCCUUGGUGGCUUAGUCGGAGCAUUAUCAUGCACAGCACUUGGUGACCGUCUUGGGCGACGUAAGACGGUCUUUCUCGGCGCUAUUCUUACUAUCAUCGGUCAACUUCUCCAGACAUCAGCUUAUUCACUGGCACAGUUCGUUGUCGGUCGGGUCAUUCUUGGCAUAGGAGUCGGCCAAUGGAGUGUUGCUGUGCCCGUCUGGCAGUCUGAGUGCACAUCGGCUAAACAUCGUGGACGGCACGUGGUUCUUGAUGGUAUAUGUAUUUGUCUGGGCUACACCUUGUGUAAUUGGAUUGACUUUGGUCUAAGCAAGAUUGGUGGCUCGCUUGAAUGGCGCAUUCCUUUGGUUGUGUCGUUUUUCUUCUCGCUCAUCGUCGCCUUUUCGGUCUUCUUGCUUCCCGACUCGCCUCGAUGGCUCGUCCGUGUUGGUCGUGUUGAUGAUGCCAUUGUCAGUCUCGCAGCUUACAAAGGAUUACCUGAAGACGAUGAGUCCGUUCGUCUUGAGAUUGCCGGUAUUGAGAAUUCUCUCGAGACAACCGUUGACAGUGCCUCCCUCCUGGACAUCUUCAAUCCUAAGAAGCCUGAUGAUGAACGCUUGCUUUACCGAUUUUGCCUCUGUGUCGGGCUGCAAUUCUUCCAGCAGAUGUGUGGUGGUAAUCUCAUCUCCACCUACGUAUCAGUUAUCUUCCAACAGAACCUGGAUAUGGACAGUGACCUGGCACGCAUUCUAGCUUCUUGUGCAAUGACGUGGAAGUUCAUGUGCAGCUUCGUCGCGUUCUUUGCCAUUGAUCGACUAGGUCGUCGGAAGAUCUUCAUGAUCAGCGGUGCAGGCAUGAGCAUUUGCAUGAUGGUUUUGACAAUCACCAACAGCUUUGGCAAAGAAAACCACACUGCAUCGAUUAUCUCAGCAGUCUUCAUCUUCAUCUUCAACUCGUUCUACCCAGUUGGAUUCCUGGGUGGUAACUUCCUCUACUGCACAGAGGUCGCCCCUGUGCGUCUGCGUGUUGCCAUGUCUGCUAUUUCAACAGCAAACCACUGGCUGUGGAACUUUGUGAUCGUCAUGAUUACUCCUGUCGCACUCGACACUAUCGGAUAUCGGUACUACAUUAUUUAUACCAUCAUUUCCGCCAUGAUUCCGUUCGUCGUCUACUUUUUCUACCCCGAGACGAUGAAUCGGAACCUGGAGGCACUCAACCAUGUUUUCCGUGAUGCGCCAUCUGCAUGGGAUAUUGUCGCUAUGGCUCGCCAAUUGCCACAGGGUGAGACUGCCGAGGUGGACUUGUACAUGAAGGACGGAAAAAUGCAAAUUGAACAGAAGGAAAAUGCAUAA